AAAACUCCGCAUCGCUUCAACGGGACGUCCAUUGCUGGUGUCGUGCGGUAUUUAUUUUGCAAAAUUGGCUGAAUUAAUUUACCUCGAAGUGGAUAAAAAGAUCGAAAAAGUGAAGCGCUAGUGUUACGGCACAAAAUCUUUUCAAAAUGGCCCUACCGCCAUAUAUGAUACCGCCCAACCAAUGGGCGGCUCAUAUGAUGGCUCAGCAGCAAGUGUUUGCGGUGCAGCAGGCCCAAGCACAGGCUCAGGCCCAGCAGCAGCAGCAACAGCAGCAGCAGCAACAACAACAACAGGCAGCCCACAUGCACGCCCAGCAGCUGGCCGCAACGCAGAUGCAGCUGCCCCCGAUGGGUCAUCUUCCGCCGGUGCCUCCAAAGCCCGACCUUGUGCUGACAGAGGAAAAGUUGCAGGAAAAAGCUCAAAAAUGGCAACAGUUGCAGUCGAAACGCUUCGCGGAGAAGCGCAAGUUUGGGUUUGUGGAUGCACAGAAGGAGGACAUGCCGCCGGAGCACAUCCGGAAGAUUAUUCGCGAUCAUGGUGACAUGACGAGUCGGAAGUAUCGGCACGACAAGCGUGUCUACCUGGGAGCGCUCAAGUAUAUGCCGCACGCGGUGAUGAAGCUCCUCGAGAACAUGCCGAUGCCCUGGGAACAGAUCCGGGAUGUGCCGGUUCUCUACCACAUUACCGGUGCGAUCACGUUCGUGAAUGAAAUUCCAUGGGUGAUCGAACCGCUCUACAUCGCCCAAUGGGGCACCAUGUGGAUCAUGAUGAGGCGCGAGAAGCGCGAUCGACGGCACUUUAAGCGCAUGCGGUUUCCUCCGUUCGACGACGAAGAACCACCGCUCGAUUACGCCGAUAACGUGCUGGAUGUGGAACCGCUGGAAGCGAUCCAGAUAGAUCUGGAUGGAGAAGAAGAUUCCAGUGUGUACGACUGGUUCUACGAGCAUCGACCACUGAUUGGGUCGCCGCACGUGAAUGGAUCGACGUACCGCAAGUGGAAUCUAACGCUGCCACAGAUGGCCACACUGUACCGGUUGGGUAAUCAGCUGCUGACCGAUUUGGUGGACGAUAACUUCUUCUAUCUGUUCGAUCCGAAGAGUUUUUUCACCGCCAAGGCGCUCAAUAUGGCGAUCCCGGGUGGGCCAAAGUUUGAACCACUGAUCAAGGAUCAUAAUGUUGGUGAUGAAGAUUGGAACGAGUUCAACGACAUCAACAAAAUUAUUAUCCGGCAACCGAUACGGACGGAGUAUCGCAUUGCAUUCCCCUAUCUGUACAACAAUAUGCCUCACUUUGUCCAUCUUUCCUGGUACCAUGCACCGAACGUAGUGUUUAUCAAAACCGAAGAUCCUGAUCUACCUGCAUUCUACUUCGAUCCGCUGAUCAACCCGAUCGCUCACCGUCACGCAGUGAAAUCGGUAGACGUGCUGUUCGAUGAGGACGAAGAUUUUACGCUCCCGGAAGAGGUGCAACCGUUCUUGCAGGACACUCCGCUCUACACGGACAACACGGCGAACGGCAUUUCGUUGCUGUGGGCUCCGCGGCCCUUCAACAUGCGCUCCGGGCGGUGCCGUCGUGCGAUCGACAUUCCGCUCGUCAAAACGUGGUACAAAGAGCACUGUCCGCCGGGUCAUCCGGUGAAGGUUCGCGUUAGCUACCAAAAGCUGCUCAAGUAUUACGUGCUCAACGCGCUCAAGCACCGCAAACCGAAGCCUCAGAAGAAGCGCUACCUGUUCCGGUCGUUCAAAGCGACCAAAUUCUUCCAAACGACCACACUGGACUGGGUUGAGGCCGGUCUGCAGGUGUGUCGCCAGGGUUACAACAUGCUGAACUUGUUGAUUCACCGGAAGAACCUCAACUAUCUGCAUUUGGAUUACAACUUCAACCUGAAGCCGGUGAAAACCCUCACCACGAAGGAGCGCAAAAAGUCCCGGUUCGGCAAUGCGUUCCACUUGUGUCGUGAGAUUUUGCGGCUGACGAAGCUGAUUAUCGACUCGCACGUGCAGUAUCGGCUGAACAACGUUGACGCGUUCCAGUUGGCCGAUGGGCUGCAGUACAUUUUUGCACACGUCGGUCAGCUGACGGGCAUGUACCGGUACAAGUACAAGCUGAUGAGACAGAUCCGAAUGUGCAAGGAUUUGAAGCAUCUCAUCUACUACCGCUUCAAUACGGGACCCGUGGGAAAGGGCCCCGGCUGCGGGUUCUGGGCACCUGGGUGGCGCGUGUGGCUGUUCUUCAUGCGCGGCAUUACGCCACUUCUCGAGCGCUGGUUGGGCAAUCUGUUGUCGCGUCAGUUCGAGGGCCGUCACUCAAAGGGUGUCGCCAAGACAGUCACGAAACAGCGCGUUGAGUCACACUUCGAUCUUGAGUUGCGUGCCUCCGUAAUGCACGACAUCGUGGACAUGAUGCCGGAGGGCAUCAAGCAAAACAAAGCCCGUACCAUUCUGCAGCAUUUGUCCGAAGCGUGGCGCUGCUGGAAGGCAAACAUUCCGUGGAAGGUACCGGGUCUGCCGAUCCCGAUCGAGAACAUGAUCCUGCGGUACGUGAAGAUGAAGGCCGACUGGUGGACAAACACGGCCCACUACAACCGCGAGCGUAUCCGGCGGGGUGCGACCGUCGACAAGACGGUUUGUAAGAAAAAUCUGGGUCGCCUCACGCGUCUCUACCUCAAGGCGGAACAGGAACGGCAGCAUAACUACCUGAAGGACGGCCCGUACAUUUCACCGGAGGAAGCAGUUGCCAUCUACACGACCACCGUGCACUGGUUGGAGUCGCGUCGCUUCGCACCGAUCCCGUUCCCUCCGCUUUCGUACAAACACGACACGAAGCUACUCAUUCUGGCGCUCGAGCGGCUGAAGGAAGCGUACAGUGUCAAAUCACGCCUGAACCAGAGUCAGCGUGAGGAACUCGGUUUGAUUGAACAAGCGUACGAUAAUCCGCACGAAGCAUUGUCGCGCAUCAAGCGUCAUCUGCUGACGCAGCGUGCAUUUAAGGAGACCGGUAUCGAAUUUAUGGACCUAUACAGCCACCUGAUUCCGGUGUACGACGUGGAGCCCCUGGAGAAGAUCACCGAUGCGUACCUCGAUCAGUAUCUGUGGUACGAGGCGGACAAGCGACGCCUGUUCCCGCCAUGGAUUAAGCCAAGUGACACCGAACCACCGCCGCUGCUCGUCUACAAAUGGUGUCAAGGUAUCAACAAUCUGCAGGAAGUGUGGGACGUGUCGGAGGGUGAAUGUAACGUUCUGCUGGAGUCGCGCUUCGAAAAGCUGUACGAGAAGAUCGACUUGACGCUGCUGAAUCGUCUGCUGCGUUUGAUCGUCGAUCACAACAUUGCCGAUUACAUGACGGCCAAGAACAACGUGGUGAUCAACUACAAGGACAUGAACCACACGAACAGCUACGGCAUCAUCCGUGGGUUGCAGUUUGCAUCGUUCAUCGCUCAGUACUACGGGCUGGUGCUGGAUCUGCUGGUACUCGGGUUGCAGCGCGCUAGCGAAAUGGCCGGUCCACCGCAGAUGCCGAACGAUUUCCUCACGUUCCAGGAUGUGGCAACGGAAGCGUGCCAUCCGAUCCGCCUGUACUGUCGGUACGUCGAUCGGAUUCACAUCUUUUUCCGCUUCACCGCCGAAGAGGCACGCGAUCUGAUCCAACGCUAUCUGACCGAGCACCCGGAUCCAAACAACGAAAAUAUCGUGGGGUACAAUAACAAAAAGUGCUGGCCACGUGAUGCUCGCAUGCGGUUGAUGAAACACGACGUUAACCUGGGGCGUGCCGUGUUCUGGGACAUCAAGAACCGUCUGCCCCGAUCGGUCACGACCGUCCAGUGGGACAACACGUUCGUGUCGGUCUACUCGAAGGACAAUCCGAACCUGCUGUUCAACAUGUGCGGAUUCGAGUGCCGAAUUCUGCCCAAGUGUCGCACGCAGAACGAAGAAUUUACUCACCGCGAUGGAGUGUGGAACUUACAGAACGAAGUCACCAAGGAACGCACGGCCCAGUGCUUCCUGCGGGUGGAUGAUGAAUCGCUCAGUCGGUUCCACAAUCGUGUUCGCCAAAUCCUGAUGGCAUCGGGCUCGACGACGUUCACAAAGAUCGUCAACAAGUGGAACACGGCCCUGAUCGGCUUGAUGACGUACUUCCGGGAGGCGGUAGUGAACACGCAGGAGUUGCUCGAUCUGCUGGUGAAGUGCGAAAACAAGAUUCAGACGCGUAUCAAGAUUGGGUUGAACUCGAAAAUGCCUUCCCGUUUCCCGCCGGUCGUCUUCUACACUCCGAAGGAACUCGGAGGGCUCGGAAUGUUGAGCAUGGGCCAUGUGCUGAUUCCUCAGUCGGAUCUGCGUUGGUCGAAACAGACGGACGUGGGCAUUACUCACUUCCGGUCCGGCAUGUCCCACGACGAGGACCAGCUGAUCCCCAAUCUGUACCGCUACAUCCAGCCGUGGGAGAGUGAGUUUAUCGAUUCGCAGCGCGUUUGGGCCGAAUAUGCGCUGAAGCGUCAGGAAGCGAACGCUCAGAAUCGCCGCCUCACGCUGGAGGACCUGGAAGAUAGCUGGGAUCGUGGUAUUCCGCGUAUCAACACGCUGUUCCAGAAGGAUCGUCACACGCUGGCGUACGACAAGGGUUGGCGCAUUCGGACGGAAUUCAAGCAGUACCAAGUGUUGAAGCAGAACCCCUUCUGGUGGACACACCAGCGGCACGACGGUAAGCUGUGGAAUCUGAACAACUACCGCACGGACAUGAUUCAGGCCCUCGGUGGUGUCGAGGGAAUCCUCGAGCACACGCUGUUCAAGGGCACGUACUUCCCCACCUGGGAGGGUUUGUUCUGGGAGAAGGCAUCCGGAUUUGAGGAGUCGAUGAAGUACAAGAAGCUCACCAACGCACAGCGCUCCGGUUUGAACCAGAUCCCCAACCGUCGCUUCACGCUCUGGUGGUCACCGACGAUCAAUCGUGCCAACGUGUACGUCGGUUUCCAGGUGCAACUCGAUCUGACCGGUAUUUUCAUGCACGGCAAAAUCCCGACCCUGAAGAUUUCGCUGAUCCAGAUUUUCCGUGCGCAUUUGUGGCAAAAGAUUCACGAAUCGAUCGUGAUGGACUUGUGCCAGGUGUUCGAUCAGGAACUGGACGCGCUCGAGAUCGAAACGGUGCAGAAGGAAACGAUUCAUCCGCGAAAGUCGUACAAAAUGAACUCGUCGUGCGCCGACAUUCUGCUGUUCCCGGCGUACAAGUGGAACGUGUCACGGCCCUCGCUGCUCGCGGACACGAAGGAUACGAUGGACAAUACGACGACGCAAAAGUUUUGGCUUGAUGUGCAGCUCCGCUGGGGUGACUACGAUUCGCACGACAUCGAACGGUACGCGAGGGCCAAGUUUCUCGAUUAUACCACCGACAACAUGUCGAUCUAUCCGUCCCCAACCGGGGUGCUGAUCGCGAUCGAUCUCGCGUACAAUCUGCACAGCGCGUACGGCAACUGGUUCCCGGGCUGUAAGCCGCUGAUUCAGCAGGCAAUGGCAAAGAUUAUGAAGGCCAAUCCGGCGUUGUACGUGUUGCGGGAGCGCAUCCGUAAGGCGCUGCAGCUGUACAGUUCGGAACCGACCGAACCGUACCUGAGCUCGCAGAACUAUGGUGAGCUGUUCUCGAACCAGAUCAUCUGGUUCGUGGACGACACGAAUGUGUACCGUGUGACGAUUCACAAGACGUUCGAGGGAAAUUUGACCACGAAACCGAUCAAUGGUGCGAUCUUCAUCUUCAAUCCGCGCACCGGGCAGCUGUUCUUGAAGAUUAUCCACACGUCCGUGUGGGCCGGACAGAAACGUUUGGGCCAGCUGGCCAAGUGGAAAACGGCUGAGGAAGUAGCCGCUCUCAUUCGAUCGCUGCCGGUGGAAGAGCAACCGAAGCAGAUCAUUGUCACGCGCAAGGGAAUGUUGGAUCCCCUGGAGGUGCACUUGCUCGACUUCCCCAACAUUGUCAUCAAGGGUUCGGAGCUUCAGCUGCCCUUCCAGGCGUGUCUGAAGGUGGAAAAGUUUGGCGACCUCAUUCUGAAGGCCACCGAACCGCAGAUGGUUCUGUUCAACUUGUACGACGAUUGGCUGAAAACGAUCUCGUCCUACACGGCGUUCUCGCGUCUGAUAUUGAUCCUUCGGGCGCUCCACGUCAACACCGAGCGCACCAAGGUGAUCCUGAAGCCGGACAAGACUACCAUCACCGAGGCGCACCACAUCUGGCCAACGCUGAGCGAUGAAGAGUGGAUCAAGGUGGAGGUGCAGCUGAAGGAUCUUAUUCUGGCCGAUUACGGCAAGAAGAACAACGUGAACGUGGCGUCCCUGACGCAGUCGGAAAUCCGUGACAUCAUUCUGGGUAUGGAAAUUUCGGCCCCCUCGGCCCAGCGUCAGCAGAUUGCGGAAAUCGAGAAGCAAACGAAGGAACAAUCGCAGCUGACGGCGACCACCACUCGCACGACCAACAAGCACGGUGACGAAAUCAUCACGUCCACGACGAGCAACUACGAAACGACCACGUUCAGCUCGAAGACGGAGUGGCGCGUGCGGGCAAUUUCGGCCACCAAUCUGCACCUCCGCACGAACCACAUCUACGUCAGCUCCGAUGACAUCAAGGAGACGGGCUACACGUACAUUCUGCCGAAGAAUGUGCUGAAGAAGUUUGUCACCAUCUCCGAUCUGCGCGCGCAGAUCGCUGGCUACCUGUAUGGGGUCAGUCCACCCGACAAUCCGCAGGUGAAGGAGAUCCGCUGCAUCGUUAUGCCCCCGCAGUGGGGUACGCAUCAGCAGAUUAACCUCCCGAACGCCCUACCCGCCCACCAGUAUCUGAAGGACAUGGAACCCCUCGGUUGGAUCCACACGCAGCCGAAUGAGUUGCCACAACUGUCGCCGCAGGACAUUACGACGCACGCCCGCGUCAUGUCGGACAACCCCACGUGGGACGGCGAGAAGACGAUCAUUAUCACGUGCUCGUUCACACCCGGUUCGUGCUCGCUCACGGCCUACAAGCUGACCCCGUCCGGGUACGAGUGGGGUCACAAGAACACAGACAAGGGCAACAACCCGAAGGGCUACCUGCCGUCGCACUACGAGCGUGUGCAGAUGCUGCUGUCGAACAAGUUUCUCGGUUUCUUCAUGGUGCCGGGCCAGGGCAGCUGGAACUACAACUUCAUGGGCGUGCGGCACGAUCCGAAUAUGAAGUACGAGCUGCAGCUGGCCAACCCGAAGGAGUUUUAUCACGAAAUUCAUCGACCGUCACACUUCCUGCUGUUCUCCAGUCUAGAGGAAGCGGGCGACGGUAACGGGGCCGAUCGGGAGGACAUGUUUGGCUGAACAGGGCAUUGCCGAGUCUCUCUUAGAUUUUUAAUGGCUUUCAUUUUGCAUACACGUUGUACGAGAGGUAGAUUACCGAUGCAAGGACACUGACUGGAGACUCAUUUGCUGUAACCAGUACACCGUAAAGACAUAAAUAAAAAGAUUGUCUC